AUGUGCCGCUCCCGGGCACUCAAAAACCUGAAAGACCUUGCCUUGGAGGCCCCGCUCAAGCGUCGCCGAACAGGGCCAGCAGUCGUGCUGCUGGACGUGGAAGGCACCACCACCCCGAUCUCCUUCGUCAAGGACAGGCUCUUCCCCUUUGCCGCCGCGACAAUUGAGCGGUGGGCGCCAGCUGGAGCUGAGCUGUCAGAGGUGACUGCUCAAUUUGAAGCGCAGUGCAAAGAGGAUGGUGUGGCCUUUGACACGAUGGCCCCCAUCAAAGAAGUUAGGAGGCUGACAAAGGAGUGGAUUGCCAAGGACCGGAAAGUGUCUGCCUUGAAGGACCUUCAGGGCCGACUCUGGCGAGGCGGCUACGAGCGCAAGGAGCUGACGAGCCAGAUGUUCGAGGAUACGCCCGAAGCCAUGGCAGCUUGGGUGGCAGCUGGCCGGCGGGUGGCCAUCUUCUCGUCGGGUAGCCGGGAGGCACAGAAGCUCAUCUUCCAGUAUUCGGAUAAGGGGGACCUCACACCCCACAUCGCGGCCUACUUUGAUCCCAAGGCUGCGCAGGCGUCAAAGCAGGAAGCCAAGGCUUACACUGAGAUUGCCUUGUCCUUGGGCAUCGAAUGCAGCGAAGGGCUCUUCUGCACGGACAUCCUUGGUGAAGCGCAGGCCGCCAGCAAG